AUGGCAGUGAGGUGGUGUUCCUUUGGGUUUGUGUUGUUGGUAGUGUUUGCGUGUUGUGCUGAUGCACAGCCUAACUUGAGGUUUCCUUCAAACAACAACCCCCAACCCCAAAUUACAACCUCUACGCCUAGACAGCCCCAGUGGCCAGAGCCCCAGUGGCCACAGCUGCAGACUCACCAGAGAUCAGAGCCCCAGAGGCCACAGCUGCUGACUCCCCAGAGACCAGAGACCCAGAGGCCACAGCUGCAGACUCACCAGAGACCAGAGCCCCAGGGGCCACAGCUACAGACUAUCCAGAGACCAGAGCCCCAGAGGCCACAGCUGCAGACUCCCCAGAUGCCACAGCUGCAGACUUCUCAGAGACCAGAACCCCAGAGGCCACAGCUGCAGACUCCUCAGAGACCAGAGCCCCAGAGGCCACAGCUGCAGACUCCUCAGAGACCAGAGCCCCAGAGGCCACAGCAGCAGACUCCCCAGAGACAAGAGUCCCAGGGGCCACAGCAGCAGGCUCCCCAGAGGCCAAAUCAGCAGACAUCCCAGAGACCAGAGCCCCAGGGGCCACAGCUACAGACUCCCCUGAGACCAGAGCCCCAGAGACCACAGCUGCAGACUCCCCAGAGGCCAGAGCCCCAGAGGCCAGAGCACCAGUGGCCACAGCAGCAGACUCCCCAGAGGCCAGAGCCCCAGUGGCCACAGCUACAGAUUCCCCAUAGGCCAGAGCUCCAGUGGCCACAGCAGCAGACUCCUCAGAGGCCAGUGAUCCAGGGGCCACAGCUGCAGACUCCGCAGAGGCCAGAGCACCAGUGGCCACAGCAACAGACUCCACAGAGACCAGCGCUCCAGUGGCCACAGCAGCAGACUCCUCAGAGCCCAGUGAUCCAGUGGCCACAGCUGCAGACUCCCCAGAGGCCAGAACCCCAGAGGCCACAGCCACAGACUCCCCAGAGACCAGAGCCCCAGAGACCACAGCAGCAGACUCCCCAGAGACCACAGCCCCAGAGACCACAGCAGCAGACUCCCCGGAGGCAAGAGCCACAUGGGCCACAGCAACAGACUCCCCAUAGGCCAGAGCUCCAGUGGCCACAGCAGCAGACUCCGCAGAGGCCAGAGCACCAGUGGCCACAGCAACAGACUCCCCAGAGACCAGCGCUCCAGUGGCCACAGCAGCAGACUCCUCAGAGCCCAGUGAUCCAGUGGCCACAGCUGCAGACUCCCCAGAGGCCAGAACCCCAGAGGCCACAGUUACAGACUCCCCAAAGGCCAGAGCCCCAGUGGCCACAGCAGCAGACUCCCCAGAGGCAAGAGCCACAUGGGCCACAGCAACAGACUCCCCAUAGGCCAGUGAUCCAGGGGCCACAGCUGCAGACUCCCCAGAGGCCAGAUCCCCAGUGGCCACAGCUGCAGACUCCCCAGAGGCCAGGUCCCCAGAGGCCACAGUUACAGACUCCCCAAAGGCCAGAGCCCCAGUGGCCACAGCAGCAGACUCCCCAGAGGCAAGAGCCACAUGGGCCACAGCAACAGACUCCCCAUAGGCCAGCGCUCCAGUGGCCAGCAGCAACCACACCUCCAGAUCAGAGAUGUCAAGUACAGGUUCGGGAUACAGUGCAAUGUGGAACCCCAGAUAUUACUCCAUCUCAAUGUCAGGCUAUCGACUGCUGCUUCAAUGGACAGCAGUGCUACUAUGGGAAGGCAGUGACUGUGCAGUGUACCAAGGAUGCUCAGUUUGUGGUGGUGGUGGCCAGGGAUGCCACUUGGCCCAAAAUAGACAUUGACUCCAUCAGUCUGUUGGGGGGAAAUGACAGCCCAUGCAGUCCUGUUGGCAUCACUUCAGCCUUCGCCAUUUACCAGUUCCCUGUCACUGCCUGUGGCACCACUCUAAAGGAGGAAAGUGGUUAUGUGGUUUAUGAGAACAGGAUGGUAUCUUCCUAUAACGUGGGGAUGGGACCUCGAGGCUCUAUCACCAGGGACAGCCAUUUUGAGUUGCUGUUCCAGUGUAAGUACUCUGCCACUGCAGUACAGGCUCUGGUUAUUGAGGUGAACACUGUUCCUGCACCCGCUUCUGUUGCUGCUCCGGGACCCCUCAGAGUGGAACUCAGACUGGCCAAAGGAACAUGCGACACCAAGGGAUGUAAUGACGAGUCGAGAUCCUUCACAUUGUAUUACACUGAGGAAGACUACCCUAUCACUAAAGUCUUGAGGCAGCCUGUGAACGUUGAGGUUCGCAUCCUGGAGAGGAAGGAUCCCAACCUGUUCCUGAUGCUGGAGCACUGCUGGACCACCUCUGCCCCCAGCCCUGUCAGCAUGCCCCAGUGGGAUCUCAUCAUUGAAGAUUGUUCCUACCCGAAUGAUAAUUACCUGACCACCAUGGUUCCUGUGGAACGUUCCUCUGGCCUUCUGUACCCCAACCACUACAAACGCUUUACCCUCGAGAUGUUCACCUUUGUGGAUCACACUCUGUCUCCCCAGAAAGAGCGGAUUUUCAUCCACUGUAGUACAUCUGUGUGUUACCCUACUCCAGAGGUCUCCUGUGAACCGAAAUGCAACAGGCAAAGGAGAGAUGUUGCUGCUGCUCAGAGGAAGACUACACAGUCUGCUGUGGUCUCCAGUGGAGAAGUGGUCCUGGUUGACAAAAAGCCUGUCUACCCUUCAGACCACUAAUUCAACCAGUUGCAGUUUGUAAUGGGGUAUGAAAUAAUGUACUCCGUACUUCCAUACCUGUUACAGCAGAGGAAUUGAAAAGCGUUUUUCUUGGCGAUACUUUCUUUGCUCUUGAUUUCUAAGAAACUUGUCUCUUAUAAACGUCCGUGUCCAGUUGCCGGUGGUACUCCAAAAAACGGAGAAUAUUCAGAAAGAUAUUAAAUCCACUUUUUGCACCAAGUGAGGAGUUGCCUCCCGAUUUUAGCUGCCAGACAUCUUGCAUUUCCCAACAUCUUUGCAGGAACUAGUCGUUUCUAUGCGACGUGGCCACGGCUGACAGCAUGUCACACAGUGCGACCAAAACAAAGAUCUGUACACGUGCAAGAGGCGUUUCUUUUUAGUUCCACUUGCAACUAGACACAGAAGUGUGCUACCCUACUCCAGAGGUCUCCUUAAUACACUGGAACCUUUCGAACCAAUAACAAAGAAAGUAUCGCCAAGUAAAGGUUUGUUGAAAAUAUCCCGAUUACAGCAAGACAACAGCUUAUGCAUGACCUCAGACACAAACUUCAACUCUACAUGGCUAUAAUACAACAUGGGCUCCUGAUUUUGCUACGUAUUUAUUAUUUCUAAUAAACAGUUGUACCACAAAGUUGGCAAUUCAUAAAAAUGUCCUACUCUCUCGCCAUAAAAAUGUGGAUAUAGCACCUGUAAAUCUGGUCAGGUUUGUUAUGUGAAGGCAUUGUCUAAUUCUUGGGACACAUUUACAUUUAAGUCAUUUAGCAGACGCUCUUAUCCAGAGCGACUUACAAAUUGGUGCAUUCACCUUAUGAUAUCCAGUGGAACAACCACUUAGAUUAGAAGGUUAGAAGGAUUACUUUAUCCUAUCCUAGGUAUUCCUUAGACACCUUGAUAGCAGUGGUCAAGGUUGUGUAGAACUAUCCUUCUGGGCCAAAACACAGAACAGUUUUAGUAGUUUUACUAUAUAAGGUCUGUAGGUCAACACUAAAUUGCCUCAAUGACCACAUUUACAUGCACACAGUAUUUUGUGUAGUAGUGCAUACCCCGCUUAAGGUCUUAUUCGGGAAAAGCUUUUUACAUUCACCUUUGAUAUCCUGCUCAUGAGUAUCCCUGUAUCCUUGAAUAAAAUGUAUAUUCCUCA